AUGACCCUCCCCUCGUGUAUCUGGCACGCUGGUUUUACUCUUCUUCUGCUAUUAAGCGACCCUGUGCAGGCUAACUCCAAACCCGCUCCCCAGAGUGCGCCUGGCCAAUGCGACGCCCGUACCAUCAACUACAUCACGCACGCGCUGCCGUCGCUAUGCCUCAAGACAUCAUGGACGGACUCAAUACCGGCUCCGACCAAGAUUUCAUUCACAGGCGACUACUAUGACGCCGCCGAGCGUGUUACACAGCCCGCUGUGGAGGAGGAAGCUUCACCAUCUGCAGCCACACAAAACGACACGUUGACCAAGACAUCCGUCGGCGAUACCUUUGCGACGCCCUUCAUGUCGUUCGAGGACUGGAAGGAGAUGAAGCUCAAGGAGACUGGACAAGACCCUCAAGACUUGCACCCUCGGAACUUGAGCGGGCGCCAGAAAGGCGACCGACCAUCCCACGACGUCGAAGAGGGACUGGGAGCAGAAGAAGAAAUAUCCCUGUUUGAUACUUACGGCGAUGGAGAAGGGACUCGGACUGGAACCUACACGGACUCGACAAACUCGAAUAAGGGCGACGAUGAUGAGGCUCCUGCGCCCACUACCAGUACCGGGAUAGCAGCCACCCGCCGAAACGAAGACGCCGGACGAACCUGCAAGGAGCGCUUCUCAUACUCUUCCUUCGACGCGGGCGCCACCGUGUUGAAAGCAGGUCCGCAAGCGAAAAACGCAAAAGCAAUCCUGGUGGAAAACAAGGAUUCUUACAUGCUGCUCGAAUGCGCUGCGCAAAACAAAUAUGUCAUCGUCGAGCUUAGCGACGACAUCCUCAUCGACACAAUCGUCAUCGCCAAUUUUGAAUUCUUCUCCAGCAUGGUUCGUCAUUUCAGGGUCAGCGUGAGUGACCGAUAUCCUGUGAAAAUGGAGAAGUGGAGAGAGAUUGGAAUAUUCGAAGCCGCAAACUCUCGUGACAUCCAGGCGUUCCUUGUACAGAACCCUCAGAUCUGGGCGAAAUACAUAAGGCUUGAGUUCAUUACACAUUAUGGAAACGAGUACUACUGCCCGGUUUCGUUACUGCGAGUACAUGGCUCGAGAAUGCUCGACUCUUGGAAAGAUAGUGAGACGGGUCGAGAAGAUGACGCUCAUGAAGAGGAGGAGGAGGUUGAGGAGGAAGAGGUUCCUUCUGUUCUCGCUGCUACUGUUGUGCCACCACCCGCGGCAGCUGAAACCACUGUCGAGACCAGAAACGACGAGACGACUGUUCCAGCCCCCGUUAGAACCUCUCUGCCGCCAUUAGACGAAGACCCCUUCUACCUUUUGACAGCAACAUGCGCUGCGUCUCCAACGGUAGCAGCUGAUGGAAAACCAGGGAAUACAGGCUCCGCAACCGCUAGCGAGGGGGCCAAACUACAGAGUAAAGAUGGGGUCUUGGAGUCAGAUCCUGCAUCUCCAGAUUCUCCAAGAUCAAAUGCUACGCAAGCGCGUGAUCCUUCUACUACACCGCCGUUGAAACAGACGGACCCUUCCAAACCGGCUGUCGAGAAUGCCCAACAAGUCCCGGUAGAGCCUAUAGACUCGUCCACUGGAACAGGCUCUGGGACAGGCUCUGGGACAGGAAAACCUCGCAGCACCUCAAGCGCCUCCGCCGCCACGCCAACCGUGCAGGGAAGCUUCUUCAACUCCAUCACCAAGCGCCUGCAGCAGGUCGAGUCCAAUCUCACCCUGUCUCUCAAAUACGUCGAGGACCAGUCGCGGCUCAUGCAGGACGCGCUGCAGAAAACAGAACAGAAGCAAGUAUCCAGGCUCACCCGUUUCCUCGGCGAUCUCAACAACACCGUUCUCGCCGAGAUGCGCAACGUGCGCGAGCAGUACGAACAGAUUUGGCAAUCCACCGUCCUAGCUCUCGAAAGCCAGCGGGAGCAGUCCGAGCGUGACAUUGUCGCCCUGAGCACAAGACUAAAUCUGCUGGCCGACGAAGUUGUCUUUCAGAAGCGCAUGGCCAUCGUCCAGGCCAUCCUCCUGCUCUCCUGUUUGUUCCUCGUCAUCUUUUCUCGGGGCGUCCCCAUUCCGUAUCUUGCCGCCCUGCAGGAACAAGCCGCCGGGAUUGCAUACACUUCCCCGCCGCCGUAUUCUGGCCACGGAUCUCAUGGUUUUUAUAAACCUGAUCCGGGCGUGAAAGUAGACGAACAGCCGUUGUCGAGCCAUCUUCCAGUAGUCAGUGUCUCUUCAUUUGAAGCUGCACCAAACGUACCGAGUAAACGAAUGACCUUCUCCUCCCUGGAGACGACUGAAUCCCACCAGCUGAUUCGUGAAGCCGGCCAAAAAGAGCCUCCACGGCGGCAUCCCUCUCUUGGAACACCAGGCUCUCCAAAUGGUGACAGUUAUCCAGACGUACACCACCUAGAUCACGAGUCACGCUUUCAUCCUCUCCGCCACCCAGCUCCAAACCAUCUAAAUACGCCCCGAAAGCCCCUUCCUUCUCUCCCUGAACAUUUGGUAUCGGCUCAGGACUCAUAA